AUGGUGGGCGUGGUGGUGAAGGAGAAGGGCAGCAGCGGCAGCAGCACCGGCUCGACGAUGUCGCGCAGCGUACGGGCGGAAACGCGCGCCAGCAAGAAGGAUGACGUGAAGAAGCUAAUGCUGUCGAUGGAUCGCGUCCGGCACUGGGAGAAGAAGUGGGUCACGAUCGGCGAAACGUCGAUGAAGAUCUACAAAUGGGUACCGAUCUCGACGAACGAUAAGAAAAAACCGGGCACGAGCGGGGCGGCGGGCGGUGGUGGUACGGGUGGUGCAUCAACAACGACGGGCACGACCAGUGCGACCACCGGCAAGACAACCGGACCGGAUGGGCAAACGAAUGGACAGUCGGGUAGUGGGCCGGGUGGACAGGUGAACGGUGGCAGCACCGCAUCCGUCACCACGAACGGUAACAGCAACAGUAGCGAAAACAAGGAAAACAACAUUAGAAAGCAACUGCCACCGCCACCAACCGGUACCGAUUCCAACUCGAACUCCAACUUUGGGCUAGCAGAAGACUCUAACACAUGUUUCUCCAUCGUGAGUGAUUCGCAGGGCGCAACCGACUUUGUGUCGAACAUGUUCUCGGAGGACUCCAACUCCCAGGGUAGUGAUAGCGCGCAACCGAAGCGGAUGAAAACGGAGUAG